GUCACAAUUGUUAUUUGUCAAAUUACAGUUUUUCGCGCCUUGCAGGUUAUUUUAAAUUUUUUAAACGAAGUGAUUGAGGUUAAGAUAAACUACAAGAAAUUGUAAGAAUAUUCAUAGGAAAAUCUCAAAUAUCUUUAGUACAGUACAUUUUCUUCGGCCUAUUUAGUUCAUGACUUAUGAAAAGUUCUUUGUUUACAAUUCGCCUGAAAGGCAACAGUACAGUGGAAGUUUACAAGUUUACACUGUUCACGGCGCAUUACAAGUAAUAUCACUUGUUUUAUGAAUAUAAUCAAACAUUUUUUUACACGUAGAAUAGUAUUUUCACUAAGCAAUCGGUCAUUGUUAACCGCUGUUCAAGCUCUAUACUCUGCCUCUUUUACCCCUUGUGUUAGGACAGUCCCUACAAAUGUGUUACUGAACCUCAGAAGUAUGUCUCAAAAAAGCAUCACAUCGUUCUUCAACAUCACACCAAAGGCCAAAGUUAAAAAAGAAAACAAAGAUGAACCUAUUCCAUCAUCAGAUACUCCUUCCAGCAAUGAAACCACACCAGUUAAUGGAAAUGCUAAGAAAAUGAAACGAUCAAGAUCAAGUAGUAGCGAUGAUGAAAUGAAGCAUGAGACGUCUCCCUCACCGGGGAGCUCUGGAAAGAAAAAGAAAACAAAACGGCAGAGAAUAGAAAGUUGGGAAAGUGAACCCGGCUCACCCAGCCAAUCUAGUAAAGAACAUGAGCACACUGAAGUAAAACUAGAAAAGAGUGAGAAGCCUAAAACAUAUGACUCACCCAAAAACAAGAAAUCCAAAGCACAAACUAAGAAAUGUGAUGCAGAAAAAAAAGUAAAAGAAGAAAAGAAAUCUCCCCCUGCAAAGAAAAGUCCGAAGAAAGAUGCAAAGAAAAGUCCAGCAGUCAAUAGUUAUUUUACAGUGAAAGUGGAAAAGAAGGAGGGAGAUAGCAAAAGUAAUGGAGUUGAGAAAGAGAAUAUUGAAAAUUCUGAUACUACUGUUAAAAAAGUUGCAGAAGUGGAUUACAACCCAGCUAAAGCCAAAUACCAUCCUAUAGACGACGCAUGCUGGUCCAAAGGGCAGGAGAUCCCCUACCUGGCGCUGGCCAAGACCCUGGAGGCCAUCGAGGCCACAUCGGCGCGGCUCAAGAUGGUGGAGAUUCUGAGCAACUACUUACGGUCUGUGAUGGCGCUCACUCCCGACGAUUUGCUGCCCAGUAUCUAUUUGUGUUUGAAUCAGUUGGCACCAGCGUACCAUAGCCUGGAGCUAGGCAUAGCGGAGACGUACCUGAUGAAGGCGGUGGGGCAGUGCACGGGGCGCACGCUCGCGCAGAUGCGCGCGGCGGCGCACAAGAGCGGCGACCUGGGGCAGGUGGCCGAGCAGGCGCGCGCCACGCAGCGCAUGAUGUUCGCGCCGCCGCCCUUGACUGUCCGCCGCGUGCUCGCCGCGCUCCGGGAAGUGGCCGUCAUGACCGGCCAAGCAUCAGUCAACAAGAAAAUUAGCAAAAUCCAAUCACUAUACGUGGCGUGCCGGCACUCUGAAGCUCGAUACUUAAUAAGGAGUCUGGAAGGCAAGCUGCGCAUCGGGCUAGCGGAGCAGUCCCUGCUGCAGGCGCUGGCGCUGGCGUGCGCCGCCACGCCGCCCGCCGGGGAGGGCGCCGGCGAGCUCAAUGUGGCUGCGGACAUGGGCGCCGACAAGUUCAAGGCCCGUGUGGACGAAUACGCGCUUAUAAUCAAGACGACGUACUGCGAGUGCCCGAACUACGAGCUGAUAGUGCCGGUGCUGCUGCAGCACGGCGUGCGCGCGCUGCCCGACCACUGCCGCCUCACGCCCGGCAUCCCGCUCAAACCCAUGCUGGCGCACCCCACCAAGGGCGUCCAUGAGGUGUUUAACCGGUUCGAGAACGAGGUGUUCACGUGCGAGUGGAAGUACGACGGCGAGCGCGCGCAGAUCCACGUGCCCGGCGACGACGCGCCGCGGCUCGGCCACGCGGCCGUCUACAGCCGCAACCAGGAGAACAACACCAGCAAAUACCCGGACGUGCUCAAACGUCUGCCGUCGCUGCUGAAGGACACAGUGAAGAGUUGCGUGCUGGACUGCGAGGCGGUGGCCUACGACACUGCCAACAAACAGAUACUGCCUUUCCAGGUGUUAUCGACGCGCAAGCGCAAGGACGCCUCCGAAGAGGACAUCAAGGUGCAGGUGUGCGUGUUCGUGUUCGACCUGCUGUACCUCAACGGCCGCGCGUUGGUGCGAGAGCCACUCGAGGAGAGAAGGAAGUUGCUCAGGGAACACUUCAAUGAGGUUGAAGGCUCGUGGCAGAUGGCGGUGGGGCGCGACUGCGGCAGCGAGGAGGAGGUGCAGCAGUUCCUGGAGGAGGCCGUGAAGGGCUCGUGCGAGGGGCUCAUGGUGAAGGCGCUGCGCGGCGACCACUCGCGCUACGACAUCGCGCGGAGGUCGCACAACUGGCUCAAGCUGAAGAAGGACUACCUAGACGGCGUGGGCGACACCAUCGACGCGGUGAUCGUGGGCGCGUACCACGGGCGCGGCAAGCGCGCGGGCGUGUACGGGGGCUUCCUGCUGGCCUGCUACGACCCCGCCAGCGAGCACUACCAGAGCCUGUGCAAGAUCGGCACCGGCUUCAGCGACGAGGACCUCAACACGCUCAGCGAGCUGCUCACGCAGCACGUCAUCGACGCGCCAAGAAACUACUACAUGUUCUCCCCGUCGCACGAGCCGGACGUGUGGCUGAGCGCGGCGUGCGUGGUGGAGGUGCGCUGCGCGGACCUGUCGCUGUCGCCCGCGCACCGCGCCGCCAUCGGCCUGCUGCAUCCCGACAAGGGAGUGUCGCUGCGGUUCCCCAGGUUUAUCCGCAUCCGCGACGACAAGGCGCCGGAGCAGGCGACGUCGGCGCAGCAGGUGGCGCAGCUGUACGCGGCGCAGGACCAGGUCAAGAACUCCAGCGACAAGCAGAAGCAGCGCGACUUCGACGACUUCUAUUAAACCGUUACGCCAAUCAACCUGUGCAGAAAUCUUAUUUUUGAACGGCGCAAAAAUAUCCCAGCCAAUCAUAGCGCGCGUCCGUCCGCUAUUGUUGCAUAUGCGCCAGGUUUUUCACACGCACAGCACGCGACAGCACGAGUUCUCUGUGAUGUUCUUGUGUUUAAAAUUUUAACCUCAAGCAAUGAGUUCUAUAUUUCAUUGGCUGCGCUUCCGAUAGACGUGCGAAGUGAGAGUCAGACUCGCGCUCCGAGGGUUCCGUACUACAGUCGUAUUUUUUCGACAUUCUGCGCGAUAAAACUAUUAUGCAUAAAAAUAAAGAAAAAUCUGUUUUAGAAUGUACAAGUA